UCUCUUGCACAUGCCCAGUUUACAGGCAGGGGCUAUUGUUUUGCUGGCAUUUCGGACUCUUUCCUCCUGUGUAUAUUGGAAUCUACAGCACGAACCAUGGCGGAUGAGCAGGAGAUAAUGUGCAAAUUGGAAAACAUUAAGGAAAUCAGAAAUAAGACCAUUCAGAUGGAGAAGAUUAAGUCCCGUCUGAAGUGUGAGUUUGAAUCGCUGGAGUCGGAGGAGAAGCACCUGAAGGAAUACAAGCAGGAGAUGGAGUUGCUGCUGCAGGAGAAGAUGGCUCAUGUGGAGGAGCUGCGGCUCAUUCAUGCCGACAUCAAUGUGAUGGAGAACACUAUCAAGCAGUCGGAGAGCGACCUGAGCAAGCUGCUGGAGUCGACGCGACGCCUUCACGAGGAGUACAAGCCACUGAAGGAGCACGUGGACGCGCUGCGCAUGACCCUGGGGCUGCAGAGACUGCCGGACCUGUGCGAGGAGGAGGAGAAGCUGUCGCUCGACUACUUUGAGAAGCAGAAAGCGGAGUGGCAGACAGAGCCGCAGGAGCCGCCCAUCCCCGAGUCAUUGGCAGCCGCUGCUGCAGCCGCCCAGCAGCUCCAGGUGGCACGGAAACAGGACACGAGACAGACUGCCACCUUCAGACAGCAGCCGCCACCAAUGAAGGCUUGCCUGUCCUGCCACCAGCAAAUCCACAGGAAUGCGCCGAUCUGCCCUCUGUGCAAAGCCAAGAGCCGCUCACGCAACCCCAAGAAGCCCAAGAGGAAGCAGGAUGAGUAGGAGCAGAGAUACUGGGCUGCAUUCACUAAGAACUCACCCCUCUGCUGAAUGUGCACCAUGUCUUUGUGAAGAGAAUACUGAACUGAUAAUGCUACAGAAGCUGCAUAAACAGCUAACGUGCACGCAGGAACUCUGAUUAUGGGGUUAGUUAUUUAAAGCUUUUUAACAUCCAUCAAUGUUGUUUUUAGAAGAAAAAAAAAAACUGGUGUUAGCACGGUAGUAAAUGCUUUGUGGAUGCAGCUCCCUGUAUUAUUCCGUGAGACUGAAACCCUGGCUUGUGUGGGUUUACCACUGCGGAGGUAUCAAUUAGCUUUGUUUUUUUAAAAUAUAUAUUUAAAUAUGAUGUAAGCACAAUGUUUGUUUUUUUGUAAUUGAUUUUGGAGAAAAUGUUUCAUGGUGCUAUAAAGUAUUGUUUUUUUUUUUAAUAUUACUAUUUUAUGUAGAUUUAAGAAAUGGAUAUUUGUAUGAAGGGAAUACCAGUGCAUAUGUAAAAGCAUACAUGUACUGAUCAGAAUAGUGCUGUGUUGGCUGUGAAGGCGCAGUGUCCUCAUCCCGUGCUGUCUGUUACUGAUGUAGUAACUGCGUACAUGCCAAAACAUUUCCACAAGGAUUCCUUUAGGAGACUCGGACACAAGUGUGCUGUUAAAAGUAACAUUGUAAGUAGACAUCUGUGCUGUGUUGAGGUUGUAGUAUUAAAUGUCAAGGACCAAGGAUUAAACAGUGGCCAAGAAAUAGUACUUUUGUGCAUUAAGAAAUAUGUUUUACUUCAAGAAAAAUGCCUCCUAAUAUACCAAAUAUGUAACCUUACCCUAGAGCUCUUGAUCACGUGCAUUCAGAACUGCUUCCAGUAUGCGUGCCUCUGCAGACAACACUGGCAGUGUGACCCACAACCUGCCACCAGCAUUCUAUUCACAACCUGAUUGGUAAAUGACUGCAGGGUACUGUACACCUCGCUCAUGUCACUGAGGAGGACAGCUCCUGAUUGGUAAAUGACUCCAGGGUACUGUACACCUCGCCCAUGACAUCACUGAGGACAGCUCCUGAUUGGUAAAUGACUGCAGGGUACAGUACACCUCGCUCAUGUCACUGAGGACAGCUCAUGUCUCUUUCCUGUCUGUCUUAGUGAUGUCCAGAUCCAUUUAAAAGAAAAUGAAUAACGUGUGAUUUUGGCCAGCAUUCUUUCAAUAAAUUCAAUGUGUGCAAAUUUUUUUUUUUUUUUAAUUGGGGAUAUGAAGUUGUGGCAGGAGCAAUUCCAGUAAGAGAAUACACCACCUUGUACAUAUAUGGAGUUUUGUGUUUAUAUAGGAAGUAUAAGAAUGGGGAAACUUAAGCUAAAGUUUGCUUAGGUCAUGCUCUGCACAUGCUUGGCGAAACACAGUGUAAUGUGGAAGUGGGAUUUGGCCGGUCGUUGUUUUGUUGGAUUUACAAAACAGAUUCCCUAUAGGUAAAAUAAAUAUUCAGACAGCUGUC